AUGAAUGCUGGUGCUAAGAGUUGCCUUAUGGUGCUUAACUCGAAUAGCUCAGGUUUUAUUCGAGAAUACGACGGCAUGGAUUUCACUAGAGAGUACGAUGGCACGGAUUUCAUUAGAAGGCACGACGGUACAGAUUUCACUCGAGGAUACGAUGGCACGGGUUUGAAG